ACAAGACACUCUCUCCAACUAAAAGUAGUGCCGGGAGACUGGAGCCACAACAGAACCCGUGUUGAGCCGAGCCACAACACGGAGGCUCUGGAUCACUCCGGUUCCGAGCAGGUUUCACAUCGACGCCCGUUUUGCCACCUCCGGGACAUAACUUGGAUAUGGCUACCUCCAUUCUUGGGGAAGAGCCUCGUUUUGGAACGACACCUUUAGCAAUGCUGGCUGCGACCUGCAACAAAAUCGGAAACACGAGCCCACUCACCACUUUGCCCGACUCCAGCGCCUUCUCCAAGGGUGGAUUUCACCCGUGGAAGAGAUCCACGUCGAGCUGCAACUUGGGCUCGGCUCUGCCCGGCUUCGCGGUGGCGACCAGCCGCGCCCCUACGGGACUACCGCCGACGAGCGGCGCGGGCAGCAGCGCCUUCUGCCUGGCCUCCACCUCGCCCACAUCGGCCGCCUUCUCCAGCGAGUACGGCGGCUUGUUCACCAACGGCGGCGGAGUGUCGAGCCAGGAGUCCGGCCAGUCGGCCUUCAUCUCCAAGGUGCACACCUCCGCGGAGAGCCUGUACCCGCGGGUGGGCAUGGCGCACCCGUACGAGUCGUGGUACAAGUCCGGCUUCCACUCCAGCAUCUCCGGCGAGGUUGCCAACGGCGCGUCGUCCUGGUGGGACGUGCACACCAACCCGGGCUCGUGGCUCGACGUCCAGAACCCCGCGGGCCCCCUUCAGGGCUCCCUGCACUCGGGCACGCCGCAGGCCAUCCACUCGCAGCUGAGCGGCUACAACGCGGAUUUCUCGUCGCUCACGCACUCGGCCUUCAGCUCGACGGGAAUCAGCCCCAGCGCGUCGCACCUGCUGACCACCGGCCAGCACCUGUUGGCCCAGGACGGCUUCAAAACGGUGCUGCCCGCCUACACGGACACCUCCGCCGCAGCGGCGGCCAACGCCAUGAUCUCCGGGGGCGGCUCGGGGAUAAGCGGCUCGUCGCGCUCGUCGCGGAGAUACUCCGGGCGGGCGACGUGCGACUGCCCGAACUGCCAGGAGGCCGAGCGUCUCGGGCCGGCCGGGGCCAGCCUCCGGCGCAAGGGACUGCACAGCUGCCACAUCCCGGGCUGCGGCAAGGUCUACGGUAAGACGUCGCACCUCAAGGCGCAUCUGAGGUGGCACACGGGUGAGAGACCGUUCGUGUGCAACUGGCUCUUCUGCGGCAAGCGCUUCACGCGCUCCGACGAGCUGCAGAGACACCUGCGGACCCACACCGGCGAGAAGCGCUUCGCCUGCCCGGUGUGCAACAAGCGCUUCAUGCGCAGCGACCACCUGAGCAAGCACAUCAAGACGCACACGGCCGGGGGCGGAGGCAAGAAGGGCAGCGACAGCGACACCGACACCAGCAACCUGGAGACUCCGAGGUCCGAGUCCCCGGACCUUAUUUUGGAAGGGGUCAACCCCAGGAUCACGGUUAAGGACCAGUCCCCCCACGACGAGCCCUGAUGAGGAAAAAAGGACCCACCUGCCACCGCGUCCGAACUGCUUCACACGGGUCGUAUUUAAUAAGGGAAUAUUUAAAACUGAAAUAAGAUCUCUCACCUCCACGCGCUUUGGCAGUAUUUUAAUUGUGAGGAGUAACCUGUUGAACUUGGGACAAUGUGAGUUGCAUCUUGUAUAUGACCAACGACCACGUGCUCAUUUCAUGUUCUUAUUGUUCUUAAAAUUGUUUUCGUUCAUGUUGCUUCUAUCCUGAACGUCAGGGAGUUUACUUUUCGAUGCACUUUGUGGAUAUAUGUACGUGCACAGGUUUCUUCAGAUUUUCCGUUUUAUUUUUUAAUUUUUGUUGCUCAAAAAAAAAAAAUCUAUAUAUAAAUGUUUACCUGUAAAAAAAAUCCACACGUAUAAGACUUUCAUUUUAAAAAUAAUUAAAACACGUUGAAAAGGCUUUUUACUGUGUGAUGGAAAAUUUGGGGUAUUUAUUUAUUUAGGCUUAUUUUAAUUGUCAAAUUCACAAAGACGAUUUUUUUCUGCCGCGUAGAAUAAAUCAUUGCUUAAUGUGGCGUAAAAAGGGCGUUCCAUGGCCAAAUGCAAAUGCGAUUAAUUAUGACUUGGAACACAUGCACAGCCCCAUGUGUCUUGUAUUUCAGAUUAGGGAUGCGGCCUUGAUCACAGCUGUAAUUAAUCACAAAAAGGAUCUUUUGUUCACUUCUCGUUGUCACGGACUUUGAUGACGAAGCUGUCAAGGAAAUUGUCCAAAUUCAAACAUUUGUUUUUGGACAAUUUGAAAAAGAUUGGGAUUUGAAAAAAAAACUGUUAGGGGCAAGAAAGCAGAUGAAAAUGUUGCGUUUAAAAAUGCUUCUUGCUGGAGUCCCUCAAAUGUUACAUUAAAAAGGUUCAAAGAUGCUCUCGGGAGUAUUUUUUAAAGGGUCGGUAGGGGGGGUGUGAAUAAAAACCCGUAAUGCAAAGACGUGGGCCGAUUUUCUUCAUUAAAAGUCAGUGGACAAAUGGCAGAAAAUCCGAUCUGCUGAAAAUAUUUGGAGCUAUUUAAAUCCAACGAGAAACAAACGAAUGAGCAUCACAUGUUGAAUUGGAUGUAGAGACUGCAUUACAUGUGGUGCGCCACUGUACCGGUUCCGAUGAAAGUUCGAUUAAAUCAAAUACCCCAUUUGGAUUUACUUAAAAUGGAUCAUUUUAAUGGUUUAAAAGACGGCUUUGCGCUUGUGUUUCCUCCCUCACCAUAUCAAUAUUUGCUUUCAAUUCUAUAUAGAGUAAUUGUCAACUCGGGGGGUUGUUAGUAUUGUGGAUAACAAUGUUACGAAGAUAGUGGACAUUAAGUGUACACAAAAAAUAAAUCGAUUAUAUGAAGUUCAAUUACGGAGUAUUUAAUAAUGAGAAUAUUGCACUACGUCGUUUCACAAUGAGCGCUAUGCAUUUAACACAAUUACACGUUAAAAAAAAUCGGUUGAAUUGUUGAAUUUUUUUAUUAAAGGCAUCAAAAGAUGCCUGUACACAUAACGAAUUAUUAUUUAAGAGUUU